AUGUCUGGAUCUUUCUGUAAAAGUUUAUAUCCUUUCAACGGAGAUCAACAUCAGCAGGGGUUAACAUUCGAAGCUGGAGAAGUUAUUAAAAUAACACAAGCGUUGCCUGGCGGAUGGUGGGAAGGAGAAAAGGAUGGACUCAGGGGAUGGUUUCCUUCAAGUUACGUUCAGGUAGUAGAGAGGUCUGUAUCCAUGACCGCACUACCUUGUGAGGACCUGAACAGAAGCCCACUGCCCAAAGACUGGAAAUGUUAUCUGACCCCACAAGGACGCAAGUACUAUGUCAACACGGUGAGCAAUGAGACAACGUGGGAAAAACCAUCCAGCGCUCCCGGGACCCCCAAAACCUCAUUAAAACAUAAGAAUUCCCUACCCACAGCCGUGAAUGGAUUUCACAAUAGUGGAAGUCCAUUGCAUCAGAUGGACCAACAUCACCUGCUCACACGGAAGGCAAGCACAGAUCAGCAGAGCCCGGUUUCUUCUUCACCUACCAGAAAGCAAGAGCAAGAGACCUCGAUUACUAUCAACUCUGUAACGUUCCCCCUUCCACUGAACAUGCCAGAGCAGCAGCUGUUGAAACCGAAUGAGUGGAGCUACUGUGAUUAUUUUUGGGCAGACAAAAAGGAUCCUCAGGGAAACGCUUCCAUUAGCGGGUUUGAGGUUUUACUUCAGAAGCAACUGAAGGGAAGGCAGAUGCAGAAAGAGAUGGCAGAGUUUAUACGGGAGAGAAUCAAGAUUGAGGAGGAAUAUGCCAAGAAUCUUUCAAAGCUCUCUCAGAUUCCCCUGGCAGCACAGGAGGAGGGCACACUGGGAGAGGCCUGGGCACAGCUGAAGAAAAGCCUGGCAGAUGAAGCAGAAGUUCACCUCAAGUUCUCCUCUAAGCUUCACAGUGAAGUAGAGAAACCGUUUCUGACAUUCCGAGACAACUUUAAAAAGGACAUGAAGAAGUUUGACCAUCACAUUGCUGAUCUGAGAAAACAACUGGCCAGUCGUUAUGCUGCUGUCGAAAAGGCUCGGAAGGCCCUUGCAGAUCGGCAGAAAGACUUAGAGGUGAAAACUCAACAGCUGGAGAUCAAACUGAGCAGUAAAAUUGAGGAGGACAUCAAGAAGGCUCGGAGGAAAUCUACACAAGCUGGGGACGACUUGAUGCGGUGUGUGGAUCUGUACAACCAGGCCCAGUCCAAAUGGUUUGAGGAGAUGGUCACCACAAGUCUUGAGCUGGAGAGACUGGAGGUAGAACGUGUGGAGAUGAUCAGGCAACACCUGUGUCAGUACACAACACUGCGGCAUGAGACAGACAUGUUUAACCAAAGUACCAUGGAGCCAGUUGACAAGCUCCUUCAGUGUGUGGAUCCUGCCAGAGACAGAGAGCUGUGGGUAAAAGAACACAAGACAGGAGAAGUCAGACCAGUGGACAUGGAGAUUUAA